AUGGCGACGGCAGCGGCGAGUGUUUUUUCUGUAUCUACACCAUCCACCAGCAGAUUGAAAUUAGAUUCUAAUGACCUUCGCAUUCGUAAUCCAUCUUAUUCUUUCGCGGCUCGUUUUCCUCUUCGGACGAGAAUUUUUUGCGACGGCUUGAGGUACAAGGCGGUGAUGCCCGUGACGCGUUCGUUCAGAUUAAACCCUAUAUGCAAGGUUGAUUCGAGCGUGGAGAUCCCAUCCAAGAAGUCGAGCCUGUCGGCUUUGGAGAUGCUCAAGAGCUCCGCUGCUAGUCGCUAUACGAAGGAAAGUAGCAGUAUCGUGGUCAUAGGGCUUAACUACCACGCAACACCCAUUGAGAUACGUGAGAAGCUCUCCAUCCCGGAAGAACAAUGGCCUAAAGCGAUUGGUGAACUAUGUGAUCUGAAUCAUAUAGAAGAAGCUGCCGUUCUCAGCACGUGUAACAGGAUGGAAAUAUAUGUUGUGGCUCUAUCUCGAAACCGUGGAGUUAAGGAAGUGAUGGAAUGGAUGUCUAAGAUAAGUUCAGUUCCAGUUACAGAGCUAUCCCAAUACAGAUUCUUGCUCUUCAACAAAGAUGCCGCCCAACAUCUAUUCGAAGUGUCUUCUGGGCUCGACUCCCUUGUCUUGGGAGAAGGCCAAAUCCUCUCUCAAGUCAAACAAGUCGUGAAAACCGGGAAAAAUGUCCCGGGCUUUUCCCGCACGAUCCACGGGCUUUUCAACCACGCCAUAACUGUCGGAAAACGCGUUCGGACCGAAACCAACAUCUCCACGGGCUCUGUAUCCGUCAGCUCGGCCGCAGUCGAGCUCGCCAUGUCAAAACUUCCGGAACAUUCCAGAAGAAUACUAGUCGUGGGGGCCGGCAAGAUGGGAAAGCUCGUCAUCAAACACUUGGCGGCAAAAGGAUGCCGGAAAGUAGUCGUCGUGAAUAGAACCGAGGAAAAAGUAGCAGCCUUACGAAACGAGCUCAAAGACAUCGAGAUCGAGUACAGGCCCUUUUCGGACAUUUUACCGUGUGCAGCUGAGUCAGAUGUCGUUUUCACAUGUACCGCUUUUAAAAGUCUCAUCUUUUCAAAGGAUGAUGUCCGAACGUUUAUUGGCCGGAAGCUGUUUGUCGAUAUAUCGGUUCCUCGUAAUGUGGGCCCGUGUGUAUCGGAAAUCGAGGGUGUCCAGCUGUACAAUGUGGAUGAUUUGAAGGAGGUUGUGGCUGCUAAUAAGGAGGAUCGUGUGAAGAGGGCAAUGGAGGCUCGGGAUAUUAUCUUAGAAGAGGUGAUGAAGUUUGAGGAGUGGAAGGACUCUCUUGAAACGGUCCCGACUAUUAAGAAGCUACGGGCUUACGCCGAGAGGAUUCGAGCUUCGGAGCUCGAGAAGUUCGUGUCGAAAUUCGGGGAUGGGAUUACAGAGGCUCAGAAGAAGGCUGCGUACGAUUUCAGCAUGGGGCUCGUGAACAAGCUGCUUCAUGGGCCCAUGCAGCAUUUGAGAUGUGAUGGUGAUGAAGAGAGGGGUUUGAGUGAGAUAUUGGAAAAUAUGCACGCGCUUAAUCGGGUGUUUAGCCUGGAUACAGAAGUGUCGGUUUUGGAGGAAAAAGUUCGGGCCAAGAUUGAGAAAAGCCAGAAAGGAGGUUUGUGAGUUUGUAUCUUUUCGCGACCAUUUAUUUAUUUUUUAUUUUUUUUAUUUUUGUAGGAGAUAAUCUUCUCCAUCGGCUUUUAGAGUUUUCCGAAUUGGUUGAGAGCCUUUGUGUAGCUUUUGUAUAGGUAAAUGGGUGGCCUUGUUCGAAGGGAUGUCUGCAAGUCCCCCCUGUUGGCUGUUGUAUUUGUUAUUUACACGAGAUAUAGGAAAUUAAACUGAUGAUCAUACAUACAUUUGCAUUAACUUGAUGAAUAAAAGAUGCCGAUAUUUUCAAC